AUGAUCGACGUCUCACUCACGGCACCCAAUGUUUCGCCGGAAGACGUGAGAGAUGGCCUAUGUGACGGGCCCAGCGAAAGAAUCGCAACAUUGCAAGACCUCGUCAGCCAGAGACGCCAGCUAUCCAGUCAACUCAAACUACACGUCGACAGCUUUAGCGAGGACUUGCUUGAGGACAUGGUAUCGAGGGUACAGCGCAUGGUCCUUGAGUUUCGGGAUGCCAUCGCUAGGCAGGAAGAGCCUUUUUGGGUUCUCGAGGAGCGUCAUCGUUUGUUUGCCGCCGCAGAGUCUAUGGGUUAA